AUGCCUGUGGUGGAAAUUAAAGAUCAGGAUAAAUUCACCAACUUGGUUACUGCUGAAGCAGCUGAUAGACUGACUGCAUUGUACUUCUACGCACCUUGGGCAGAGCCAUGCAAGUAUAUGGGUGAGGUAUUCAAGGCGUUGAGUGAUGAACCCUCCAAUAAGGAUGUGUUAUUUCUGUCGAUCAAUGCUGAUGACAACUCUGAGAUUGCUGAAUCGUUUGAGGUUUCGGCAGUCCCCUGUUUGAUUAUUGUCAGGAAAGGGACCAUAUUGACAGAGCUCUCUGGUGCGAAUCCAAAGCAGUUCGUCAAAGCUUUGAAUGAUCACAAGGCCAGUCUGCAGGGGACUCCAGAGCCGCAGCAGCGUUCAAUUACGGAUGAAGAGGAUGAGGAUGAGGACGAAGAGACUGAAGAAGAGCUGAAUGAAAGAUUGACAAAGCUAACGCAGGCUGCUCCAAUAAUGCUUUUUAUGAAGGGAAGUCCCUCGGAACCCAAAUGUGGGUUUUCCAGACAAAUGGCCGUCGGCAUACUUAGAGAGCACCAGGUAAGGUUUGGGUUUUUUGAUAUCUUGAAGGAUUCCUCUGUGAGAGAGGGUCUCAAAAAGUUCUCUGACUGGCCUACCUUUCCACAGCUGUACGUCAAGGGCGAAUUCCAAGGCGGUUUAGAUAUUACUAAAGAGUCGCUGGAGGAGGAUCCGGAGUUUUUUGAGCACGCUCUACAGUCUAGCUAA